CAAAUACUUGUCAUUGUCUUUCAUUCUCUUCCUUGUUGCUCUUCCUCUUCUUAUGACCUCUUUCCCUUUAUCUCAUUCGCCCCUCCAUCCUCUGCUCCUCAAACUUAAAAUCAUUCAUUUUCUUGCCAUUUUUUUUCUCUAGAUGAAACCCAGCGCAUGGAUCCUUUGGCAGUGAUGGUUUACAUUCACGGUGACUCUUACGAGGAAGGUACGGCUAGUAUGUACGACGGCAGCAUCCUGGCUAGCUAUGGCGGAGUCAUCGUAGUAACAGUAAAUUAUCGCCUGGGAAUUUUAGGUUUUCUCAGCACCGGUGAUUCAGCAGCGAGGGGGAACUACGGCCUCAUGGACCAAAUAGCAGCUCUCAAGUGGAUCCAUCAAAAUGUCGCCAUGUUUGGCGGGAAUCCCGACCGAAUCACCCUAUUUGGAGCUGGAAGUGGAGCCGCCAGUUGCGGACUACUCGCCUUUUCAAAUUACACCAAAGGUCUCAUAGCUGGCGUCAUAGCAGAGAGUGGAUCCUCCAUCGCUUCUUGGGCGCUAUCUCGAGAGCCAGCACGGUUCGCGAACCUGUUAGCUGAAAAGGUCGGCUGCGAGGCAGAAACCAACCUGCAAAUGGUCGAAUGUCUGCGAGGUCUUCCCUACGACGCCCUGAUCAACGUAGACAUCCAAUCCCCACUCUACAUGAUCGCUUUUGCUCCGGUGGUCGACGAGGAUGUCAUCGCAGCCGACCCAACCAUCAUGUGGGGGCAGCUGAUUGCGGGCGAGCGCGACAUUGGACGAGAUGACUUUUCAUACCUGAGUGGGGUAGUGAGGAACGAGGGCUUCAUGUAUAUUGAGCCCUAUAUAACGGAACCCCUUGUUGAUGGAAAACUCUUGCUGGAAGACUUCGAGGACAUUCUUGACGGAUUCAUGCAGAACAAUUUCGGAGGCAACAUGAAAGCUAGUAGCGUCAUUCGCGAUGUCAUCUACUACGAGUACACGGACUGGGGAGCUGGCGAAGGCAAUCCUUUCGAACUCAAGAACAGCCUCCAGGACAUCCUGACGGACCAUCAUUGGGUGGCGCCCUGCAUUACCACACUCAAAAUGGCGGACGAGGCGGGCUUCGAUGCUUGGUUCUACAUGUUCCCGCACAGACCCAAGAAGAGUGUUUAUCCACGAUGGGCAGGUGCAGUUCAUCUUGAAGAACUCCCAUACGUUUUCGGCGCUCCCGUUUCGAAUGUUUCAGUUGGGAUCUUUCCAGAGAGUUUUUCGUCUGCCGAGGCUGCGCUUUCACUGGCAACAAUGAACUACUGGAGUAAUUUCGCCAAAUCUGGAAAUCCCAACAAUCCAAGACGACAAAGUUCAACUGAUCUCCAUCGGAACUUCGUCGUCGAGUUCAACUUUGAGAUUAUGGAUGACUGGCCUCGGUACAGAGUCGGCACAGAGGAAAUGAUCUAUCUUGCAGCUAACCCUAAAGUUAGAGAUUUCUACCGCGUCCACAAGAUUAGCAUUUGGGAACAUCUUGUUCCUAGACUAGAGCAAAAGUUUGCCUUUGAACCGACAGUCAACAACAAUCCUUUCCUUCCAGGACCGCAGAUCAUUAAUCCAGCGGGGCAAGGGACAUCUCCCAUGAUUUCAGCGUUGAUGCCAGUCACUUCGGCUGUUUCGCCAAUAACCGAUCCGAUUGUCACGGAUAUAGAUAACCGAGUACCGGGCGCGGAUAUUACUUCGUCGUGGACUGAAUCGAACGCGUUAGAAACGGAUAAACAGGAAAAGAAGGGUUUCUUAGUGGAACUUAGUAUGGUGAUUGCUAUUGGCGGUUUUCUUCUCCUCCUUAACCUGAUCAUUCUCGGGGCCAUAUAUUACUUGCGCGACAAGAGAAAAAUUGAAAAGCGGCUGGCCAUGAAGUAUUUAGCCUCUCAGUCGGAGGAGAAGAAGCGCACCAGUUUGCAUCCACAGACCACACCGGAUAGCGGUAUCGGCAUACCAGUCGCACUGAACCUUAAUCAACAAUCCGGUCAUCAUGGAAGUAACCAUCGUCACGUGCCACCGUCGGUGCCAUCUCGUGCUGCUGGCACGAGUGAUCAUAACCAUGGCAACGGUGGGAGUCGGGACUAUUCUUCACUUAAAUAUAAUCGUUCCCCGCAACAUUUUGGUGCCAUCAGGCGGAACUCAGCCGGGGAAGUGGAGUUCGAGGUAUAAAAUAUGUUUUUCUUGACGUUUUUGUCGAAUUUCUUUCGUAUCAAGGAGAUUGUAGAAUUGGAAGGUGUCGAUAUGCAAUUGAGUAAUGCAGCAGAGAUCGAAAGCACUAAGCAGUAGCAGGGCUCGUUCUUUUGUUCCGUUAUGGCUCAUGAUUGUCCGA